UAAUAACCCACUGACUCCCGUUACUUCGGUCUCUUUCUCCCUUACCAUACUCUUAAUCUCUUCUCACCUUACCCACCAUUUCACUGAAAACGAUAAUGGAGAACAACCAAUAAUUCUAUCAAGAUCCAAGUAGAGCUAGGCUAGCCACCCACAACCACUGAUCCAAUUAAGGAUUUAGGACUCCAUUCUCAAUUUUCCCCUAAAAACUUGUACAUCGCACACCCAAAUGCCCAUUUGAUUAGAUCCGGAGCUUUUGGCAAAAUGGGUCAUGUUAAUUUGCCUCCAUCGAAGCGGAGCUUCAGGCAAUGGAGGCUUUUGGACCUCAUAUCUGCAGCGUUCUUUGGCAUAGUCAUUCUCUUCUUCCUCCUGGUCUUCACUCCUCUUGGGGACUCGCUCGCCGCUUCCGGCCGGCAAUCACUGCUGAUGUCCGGCGGCGAUCCGAUGCAGAGACAGCGCCUGGUCACAGUGGUGGAGCUGGGCCAACAUCCACAGCCCAUCGAUGCAUGCCCGGCUGACGCUGUCGACCACAUGCCUUGCGAGGACCCCCGACGCAACAGCCAGCUCAGUCGGGAGAUGAACUUCUAUAGGGAGCGCCAUUGCCCUUUGCCUGAGGACACCCCGCUCUGCUUGAUCCCACCCCCUGGUGGCUACAAGAUUCCGGUCGAGUGGCCUGAGAGCUUGCACAAGAUAUGGCACGACAACAUGCCACACAAUAAAAUUGCGGAAAGGAAAGGUCACCAAGGAUGGAUGAAGCUGGAAGGUCCAUUCUUCAUUUUCCCUGGUGGUGGCACCAUGUUUCCUGAUGGUGCAGUGCAAUAUAUUGAAAAGCUUGGACAAUACAUCCCCAUAAGCGGAGGUAACCUGAGGACUGCUCUUGAUAUGGGAUGCGGGGUUGCCAGUUUCGGUGGGUAUCUUUUGAAUGAAGGAAUUAUAACUAUGUCAUUUGCUCCAAGAGAUUCACACAAAUCACAGAUACAAUUUGCCCUUGAAAGAGGAGUUCCUGCAUUCGUUGCCAUGCUUGGCACUCGCCGGCUACCAUUUCCUGCUUUCUCGUUUGAUUUGGUUCAUUGCUCUCGAUGUCUUAUUCCUUUCACUGCCUAUAAUGCAACAUAUUUCAUUGAAGUAGACCGAUUACUUCGUCCGGGAGGAUACUUGGUAAUUUCUGGUCCCCCUGUAGAGUGGGCUAAUCAAGACAAGGAAUGGGCAGAUCUCCAGGCCGUGGCUAGAGCAUUGUGUUAUGAGCUGAUUGCAGUGGAUGGAAACACAGCUGUUUGGAAAAAACCUGCUGCAGGUUCAUGUCUUCCAAAUCAGAACGAAUUUGGUCUUGAAUUGUGCAAGGAAGCAGAUGAUCCAAGUGAUGCAUGGUACUAUAAGUUAAAGAAAUGUGUGAGUAGGAUGUCUUCUGUCAAGGGAGAACUUGCUGUUGGACAGAUUCCAAAGUGGCCAGACAGAGUGAAAAAAGCUCCUUCAAGGGCCAUGGUCAUGAAAAAUGGUAUUGAUGUGUUUGAAGCCGACACAAAGCGGUGGGAAAGGAGAGUUGCUUACUAUAAGAAUUCCUUAAACUUGAAGCUGGGAAGUUCAGCAGUACGCAAUGUCAUGGAUAUGAAUGCAUUUUUUGGAGGUUUUGCAGCAGCUCUUAAAUCUGACCCUGUGUGGGUAAUGAAUGUUGUACCUGCCCGCAAGCCCUCAACUCUCUCUGUCAUUUAUGAUAGAGGCCUUAUUGGAGCAUACCAUGAUUGGUGCGAGCCUUUCUCUACGUAUCCUCGUAGUUAUGAUUUUAUCCAUGUGACUGGUAUUGAAUCACUCAUCAAACAUCCCGGUUCAGGCAAGAGCAGGUGUAACCUCGUGGAUUUAAUGGUGGAGAUGGACCGAAUGUUGCGUCCGGAAGGAACAGUUUUGGUGAGAGAUUCUCCCGAGGCCAUUGACAAGGUUGCUCGCAUAGCCCGUGCUGUAAGGUGGACAGCCGCCAUACACCAGAAAGAACCCGAAUCCAAUGGGAGGGAAAAGAUUCUUGUUGCAACGAAGAACUUUUGGAAGCUGCCGUCAGCUUCUCACUGAUACUACACCCUUUGUUUCAUUUUAUGUAGGUAUAGUUUCUUAUUCUUCUUAUUUAUCCCAUUUUGAUGCCAACAGUUCAUUUGGGUGUUCAUCAAGUGGUACAGUUUUAUUUUUUUGUCCUGCUUCCUAUAUCAGUUGACAAUGGGGUUGAUAUCUUGUUAAAGUACAAAGAUGAAAAGAAAGCCCUUCUGUUUUAGGUUUUACACAAAGUAAAGGCAGUCAUAAUUUAAAGUUAGUUCGACGAAAAAUGUAACCAAAAUGUUUUUUUUUUUCAUCUGUAAGUCGAUGAUGUUUUGCAUAAUCUUCGUCAUCACUGUUAUCUUUCUCUUUAUGCAUAGUUUCUCUUCCACAAGGACAAUGAAAUUGAUUUUGUUCCUA